AUGUCCGCCCCAAAUGUCCCGGCGGUCCCCCCUCGACCGGCUCGAUCUCCACAGCCAACUUCAUCUUUAGACAUGCCGAGAAUCCCCCCACGUCCCUCGAACCGCCGUGCGGACCGAUCGAUAUCCCCAAUGCGGGACAGCUAUGCCCCAUCUCCCCUUAAUGGGUGGAAUGGCCCGGCUUUGAGUCGUACGAUCUCGAACGAGGUUCCCCAGCGGCCACCGAGUGUGACGAUACCGUCUUUGGGAGAGGAGGGUAUUGAAUAUGCCGAUCUUGAUGUGGGAAAUGUACCGGACAAUCAUCAUCAGGCUCCACAAGAGACUCGCAACGUUAGCAGUGACCUCAAGAUGCAUGCACCAAGACCUUCGUUGCCUACAUCCAGUGCUAAGGCUAAAGUGCAGACGGUUACUCGCACAGACUCUCGGCAAGCCGCAGCGGCAGGACUAGGCCGGGAAGCCUCCCCGGCUCGCGACGAGUCGGAACGUCCCAGCCGUUCGCUGCACUCCCGUGCAAGUGGCACCCGGGCCGAGUCGUCUACUGCUUCAUCGGAACGUCGAAACUCGGCGCAGAUCGCAGAGGAGCCCGGGUUUCGAGUUCCCAUGUACCCAAACGCGGGUGAUGUCCAGGCGCCAUCCCCGAGUCCUUAUCUCGAGCAAGGAUCUCAACGGUCAGGUCGUAAUCACCACCGCAGUCGUAGUGCCCGAGACUCGUCCCUACCCCCGGGUAGUUACGGCCUUCAUGGGCACGGUGUGCAACAUACCGAUAAGUUUGAGAAGGCUUGGUACGACAAGCACCCCGACGAACUUGUCAAGGAGGAAGGGCAAUAUGGCCCUGGUGUGGGCACACCUCGUCCUGAUUGGGCCAUGAGCAGGGACGAUUUGAAUAAAAUUGUCCGGAGCGCGGACCCUACUCCCCCUGGAACUGGCGACUCCCCCGGAACUGUGGCAACCCCAGAGGAAGAAGUUGGCUACCUCGCCUCGGAUGAAUAUAUGCAUCGCAUGGCGUCGCCCCCACCUGAUGCGCGAAAUGAAAAUCAGCCCGUGGUGGAGUCUCCUCUUCGUCAAAUGAGCUUCCCAGUCUCAGAAAUUCAGCCCAAAGAGCUCCCUAAGUCCUCACUUCGUCACGGCCGGUCCAGCUCUCGCGGCAACCAUGCUGACGCCGAUGUGAUCCAUGUCGAUGACCCUAUUCACCCACUGCAUCACCCCGAUGGAUUUGCUCCCACCCCAGCAUUUGAAGAUCAAAAAACGGAACUGGAGGAAUAUGAUGACGAAGAAGAGCCCAUUCUGGCGGCUGAUCAAGUCCGGCCCGAGUCGGCAUAUCUACACCCCGCAAUUUCGCCAUCUUUCGAACAUAGAGGAAGCUUUGACGACGAUUACUACAGCCGACCGCCCAGUGUCUCGCAUAGUCGCUCCAACAGCAGAUCGGCGAGUGCUCAAGGUGCGCCAAUGUUGACUCGCUUCGACUCGCGUGAGCCCCACGAAGAUACACAUACUCCCCUGGAGGACGUAGAGGAGUACGAGCCUCUGUUCCCCGAUGAGGAGACUAGGAAAGAGAAACCGCUGUCCGCGGCGGAUCGUUUUAGGAAGCGACCAGAUGCACACCGUUUUCCGAGCCAGGAUAUAUGGGAAGACACCCCGAACAGUUUACAGCUCCAUGCUACGGUUUCUACCCCGGAUCUUCCUCGAAGUGACUCCGAAGCCUUUGAAACCCCGGAGCAAGAAGCCCGGCGGAGAAUGCAAACAUCAAAGAUCGAUUCACACCAAGUCGCGUCUCAGAUCCUCGAGGGAGAAUCAGUCCGAAGCGAAAAGGAAAAGGAUCCAGCACGGCCAGAUGCCCUUAAGCAGCGGUUCCCUAGUCGGGAUAUAUGGGAAGAUGCUCCUGACAGCCAGCAGCUGGUGACGACUGUCGAGCCCGCAAAAGAUGAACUGAAGAGUCCCGAGGUCCCGUCAAAGCCCGCAAUUCCUCCGCGCCCACAAAGACAGACCCAGGCAACAUCUCCCACGGAAAAGCGACAAGCACCCAUCAUUCCUGAUAGACCGAAGCCUCAGAUCCCCACUCGUCCCGCUAGGCCUAGCGCUCAAGCCGCGAAAGAAGCCCCUGCCGAGGGCCCUGCUGUGCCUAAGGCGAAACCCGCAGUGCCUGCGCGUCCGGGUGGUAGCAAAAUCGCAGCUAUGAAGGCAGGUUUCCUCACAGAUCUGAACUCUCGUCUGCAGCUGGGUCCUCAACAAGCUAAACCCCAGGAGAAGGAACCCGAGCCUCCUGUCGAGAAGAAGCCGCUGAAUGACGCCCGGAAGGGGAGAGCCCGUGGACCUGCUAGGCGAAAGCCCGCCGUAGAGAAUGCCAACGCCAAGCUACCUACCAUCCCUGAAAUCAAAAUUACCGACUCAUGGAAUGUUUGGCAGGUUGGUCAAGAUGGCAAUGUGACUGUCGAACCUGCUGUCGAGCCCAAGGUCGAGGAACCCACAUCCCCUGAAGCCGUGGAGAAAACGGCCACUGAACCCGUCAAUUCAGUUCCGGAGCCACUGGCUGUGGCUGAGGAAGUCUCCCCGAGCACCGUCGAAGUCCCCGAAAAUGGACCAGCCGAUGCUGAAGCUUCACCAACUGCUCAGCACCCCGUCGAGACCACCGAACUUGCUCCUGAGGUGACGGCUAAACAAGACUCACCUGAACCGUCCCCAACUGGACCGAGCAGUAUAGAACGUCCCGUCGAGACUGGGCCAUCUCCCAUAAAGAUGGAGGAGGAUAUGGAGGAUAUGGCUGCGUUCGCUGAUGGCAAGAAGCCAUCUGAUGGAGACUUUUAUCCUGUGCAGUCGGCUUCCUAA